ACUGGAACAUGUUGGAGCGUUAUUUGACGCCGAUUUUCUUUUCCUAUGUCGACAAGUACGUUAAGAAUCUGACGCCGUCGGACUUACGCUUGUCACUGUGGCAGGGAGAGGUCGCUCUCGAUAAUCUCGAACUUCGUCUUGAUGUGCUGGAGUCGGACUUGGGGCUACCCGUCCAGCUGGUUAGUGGAAAGAUUCGUCGGCUGCAUAUUCAGGUCCCUUGGACUGCUCUUAGCUCGGAGCCGGUACGGGUGACGGUGGAUACUUUGGAGUGUGUUCUCAAGUGGAAAGAUGACGAUUCAGAUAGCAGGUCAUAUGGCAGUGCAUCAUCAUCAUCCCAAGCUAGUGUCCCACCUCCUGCACCUGGCUACAUUCAGAGCUGGACCAAUCGGAUCGUCAACAAUGUUGACAUCACAGUAAACAAUAUUGUCCUCAAAUAUGUUGAAGAAGACAUUGUUCUUUCAGUUAAUAUCCAAGAGCUGCAUCUCUUCACUGUUGACAGUGACUGGAAGGCAGCAUUUGUAGAUGCAUCACAACCUCAUGACACUCUAAGAAAGGGGUGUCAAAUAACUGACAUGACAAUAUGUCUAGACAAGAGAGAUUCGUCGGGAAGGAUUCCAUUCUACCAGGAGCCCUUGGUUUAUAAAACGUCACUCACUGUUAGAAUUCUUUAUGAUGUGAACAGGAAUAGAGCUGGAGGAUUAUCAGCUUGUCCCGGUACGACAUAUGACAUUUUUUGGGAACAUUUGGAUAUCUCUGUUAGCAGUUCCCAACUCCCAAUGUUUGUUCGUAUUGUUAACCGAGUUAUUGCGAUAUAUUAUGGGUGUAAUUUGGAUGGCGGCGCAAUGCCUGUUUGCCUACCUGUGUUGGCAGGCUGUGAUUCUGGCCAUGGAUCUCAAACGUCUGCACAAGGGAUGCCUGUGAAUGCUGCAGAGCAAGGAGGAGCAGGAUGGGUGUCAUGGGCUUGGUCAGUGGUGGCAGGUGGCAAACAAGAUGAUGGCACCACAAGGCAAAAUUCUUUCUUCCUGACGUAUGGUUUGUAUGUUCAUAUGGCAUCAUUCACAUACAAGCUGAUGGAAUCGGCCAGUCCCAGUUCAUUAGUGAUACAACAGAAAUUUACAUUUAAGCCAGUUCUGCAACUGCAGAUUGAAGAUUUUGCGUUGAAAACUGUAAUGCAAGGCAUUCAGUUCUAUGACUUUUCAAUUGGUGUUACAAACAUAAAGGGAAUACACCUGACAUCAUACAGUCCACUUAAUCAAAUGGCUUCUAUUUCUCAGAAAGGCACACAGACUUCAUCCAAUGAGAUUGUCUGGUUACAAUGUGGUACACGUGAUGAGUGUCCAACAAACAGCUCAUACUUGAAUGCAUCUUUGUUUGGUGACAUGCAGAGAGGCAGUAGUGUUGAUUUUGUGGCAUCUCCUUAUGAACCACAUGAUAUCGAGGCAUGUAGUAGCCAGUUUGCGGCAGUUUGGUUCCAGUAUCGAAAUACUUUAUGUUCUGGUGCACACAAGUCAGAGUCAGGAGACGGAGAUACUGCAUUUGAAUCAUGGCUUUUGGACACGGAACGAGAAGCUACUAGACAGGUUGCCAUCAUAGGAGACACUCAAGUUGUACUGACUCGUCCUGUGAAAGUUCUAAUUGACGAUUUGAUCUUGUCAGGAUCUAAAUGGAAUGAACACUUGGAGAAGGAGGGCGUGACAGUGGAGCCACCUGAGGAGAUGCAGCAAGCCCUUAAGCGUUACUCAGCUGCUAACUAUGAUCUUGAUUUGAUGCGUCAAAUUGGCAUUCCUAUGAAAACUGUCGAGAUCACAUGUAAAGGAUUUGACAUUGUUCUAGCCUGCGGUGCAUCUGAAAGACAACUGCAAGACUACUUACCGAGCAACAGAAGUCAAACUCCACAAAUACUGUUGCAUGAGCUUUCUGUCUACCUGUAUAUAUCUGAGAUUCGGUAUUCCCUGUCACAGCCAAUAUAUCCUGAUCAGCUUAGAGUUGAUGGAGUCGAGCCAUACAAGCAUUUGGUAUCAAUGCCGGACUCUUUGUCUAGUUUAAUGACAUUGGAGGCAUCUCAUGUAAAAGUUGCAUUUUCGCCAAUUUACCAGCAACAAGAACUGGAGAGUCUUGACUGUUCAUUGUCACUUCUCUCUUGCCCACAACUACACAUUAGAAUGAGGCAGUCAUUGCUACCACUUGAUUGGCAUCAAGCAGGUCAACUGUUUAGUCAACAAGUUGUGAACAUUCCCACUCUAGCUUUGGAAGCUAGUGGACCUCAACUGAUCUGUGCAUAUGACUGUUACUCUACUGUUGUUUCAGGUAGUGAUGAGAUGAUUUCAUCUAGCAGUCAAGCAAGGGGGAGAGAGUCUUGCCUUCAUUUAGAAGUAUCAUCACUAAAAUUGGAAUCAUCUUCAUGGUCAGAUGCUGUUUCUUACUCAUGCAGUGUUCGUAAUGUAGUUCUUUAUAUAUCUACAACUGGUGAGGAUAUUUUGGGCAGAACUGUUGAGCAUCCUGCUGAUUUUUUGCUUUAUGCAGACGAAGUAGAGGCCCGUGCCAGCUAUGUUCCACUCGUCUGUGGACCUCUUGUAACUGACAGAAUCUACGAUGGAGCUUUGCUGAAGGAGAAACUUGGAUGUGACUGUUUAAAGAGCAGCAUGAACUUGGAAGAGCAGGAUCCUGUUUUGUUCUUUAGAGCACACAUUCCUAUAUAUGCGGACAAAUCUGUGGCUUCUAGACAGACAGCAGUCCCACUCUUCAUCGUAACAAUAAGAGGAAUGGCAUUUAAUUUGGAUCCUUUACUACACAGCUGGAUCGGUUCAUUAGUUUCUAGAAACCCUGGCAAGGAUGAAGUGAAUCAAGAAAAUGGUGUGACAGGAGCUCCAAGCAUUAAUACUGCCCGGUCUGUAGAGGGCAGCUGGUGUCAACACUCGCCGAGGCAAAGAAGCAAUGGUGAGGCUGACUCUGGAAUGCACAAGAGUCAUGUUCAUAGUUUUCAGAAGUGGUGGUCUCUGCUGGCAAAAAUGAAUACCAAUAUAACUGUCCAUCCUUUAGUUGUGUUCAUGCCCACUGCCAACUGCCCAGGGCUUCAAAGUUUGGGUGAUCUGUAUUCGUAUGAUGUUUUGGCAUACUACUGUGCUCUUGUUACUCAGUCAUCGGGUUGGCCUUCUCUAAGCCCUACUCUUGUUGCCAGCUUGCCAAGCAUCACUGUGUCAUCAUCACAGUUUAAAGAUGAAUACAAAGACCCAUUGGUAUUGUCAUCAGUAUUACAGUCUGACAAGCCUGUGCCAUCGUGUACUUUACCGUGGUCAGUGACUUGUGAAAAGUUUAGCAUCUACACUCUGCAUCCUUUGGAACGUAGUGCAGACACAGCAGCAAGAACUGUGUUAGGGUCUAAGCUGCUGUAUUUGGUGGAACCUCUUUCUUUGGACAUUGUGAUUGCUCCAUCAUCUGGCCUUGGAAAAACUUCUGAAUUGUCUGGUGGUGGCUACAUGAUGUCAUUUGGCCGAGAAGUUACUGUGUGCUGUCAUAUGUCAGUUGGUACUGUUUUACUAGCAAUAUCAAGAAAGCAGGUGUGGUGUGCCAGUAGUGCAGCUCUUGUUACCAUGAUGACAACACGGUCUUCUCCGGUGGAUUCUGGUGCUCAUAGUCUACCAAGCAUGGGUUCUCGACGUGCAUUCUCACAGAGCCCACAGCAUACCUUUCACCGUGCAACAUCAGAAGUGAGAACGUUUGUGUCAACAGAUAUUUCAUCUUCACAUUACACAGAAGCUUCAAUUGCACGCCGAAUGAAGGAGUCUGCAUAUUCAUUGUGGGUACAGCUUACUAUUCCCAAGCUCAGUAUGAGUGUCUACCACCGCCUGGAGAGAUCCAUUGCACAAAAGAAAGAAGAAAUAAUUUGUGUGUGUGCAGAGCUUGAAGAUACUUCAGCAUCUGCUGACUUUUCAGAUGUUUGUGUGAGUGGGAAACUGAACAUUGGUUUCAUAGCAGUUAAACACUCGAAGAUGGAGCAAGCAGGCAGCCAGAAUAAGUGGAUCGAUGGACUCUACAGUGGUCUGUUGCUUGCCUCAUCAAAGGUAUCAAUAUUUCCUCAAGGCCAAAAAGCUCCUAUUCUACCACAGAGCAGAAGCUCUGUAUCACUUGGCUUUAGGAGUUUUCCUGGAACAGCAGGAAAGAAAGCUCACACGUUAGAAUUAAAAUUUGCCCUACUUCCUUUCACAGUAGUUCCUUGGUUGCCUGCAUUAAAUGCCAUCAUGGAUUCAUUUGAUCUUUCUUCAAAACAGCAAGAUGCUGGCAGAGCAGAUGAUUCCUUCUCCAGCAGCUUGACACCACCAAGCAGGCAAACGAUGCAGAAGCAAGACACCUACUAUGAGAUUCCUCAGUUGCAUAUUGAUAUUGAUGAUAUUGUGGUACUGUUGCCUGUAAACGGAAAAGUGGUCAAUGCUGAUACAGACAAAGUUGUGUUGUUUCAAGUCUCAUCGUUAUCUCUUAUGCCACGCCCUCAGAACCCAAUAUCUCGUCCACUCAGUGCUGAGCACGAAGUAGUUUAUCUCAAACUCGAUGGCUUUUCUUGUGAUGAGAAACAACUGCAGCUAAACAUUGGAAAUAUUGAAAUGUGGACCGCCGAAUGGAAUGAUGUUGCUCCAAACCUUGUCACAGUUGGUCGUGAAAUGCUCUCGAGUAGUGCACUGAGUGGCGGAGAGCAGAACCCGGCACUAGAGUGGAACCUAGCAGGACGCUCGAAGAUUGGGCAGUCGACCAGGGUAGUUCCUGUACUAAGAAACGUGACAGUGCAAAGUGUCAUUGCUCCUGCAAUAUCAAGCAUAGUCAAAAUGGAAGACAGACCUUGCAAGCUAACAUUUGGGCAUUCACUGGAAGUCAACCUGUUGAGUGACAUAAAGAUAACACUCAACGACAAGCAGAUAGUACUGUUUGUACACUUGCUGGAUCAAUUGUUGUCAUCCAAUCGUAUUGGUUCGUCUUAUGAUUCCGAUGCGGCCUUGUCUAGCAGUGCAGUCUCUGCGUUGCCCUGUGAGAUCUUGGUGACUGCUAGUAAAAUAUCUUGUGCUGUUUAUUCAGUUGUGGGAGAGUCGGCUUUGCCACUUCUUCAUGUAUCCAUUAUCCAGCCAUCUCUUCGUUUGUCUACGUCGCCUAGUGCUCUAGAGAUGAAACUCAAUUGCUACAAUUGUGGUAUUUACACUGGACAGUCAGGCUAUUAUACAAACCACGAGGAUCCAUCUGCACUUGAUCAUCCGAAUUGUUUUCCUCGUGUCGUUGUCACAACUCAACCAGGAAAACGUAACUCAUCGGGCAUUUUGCCAUCCUUGCUGUACUUGAUGGUAAGCAAGACACAAGACGACUCGGCUGUUAUCGAGUGUAAACUUGCGCGACCUUUAAUUAUUGACGUUGGGUUUGACUUGUUGGUUCGCGUGACAGAGUUUAUGCACUCACUUGAAUAUUUAUCAAAAAUGAGUUCGACCAGAUCUGCUCAGUAUGAUUCAAGCCCAACAGCUCAACCACACACCAUUAGAACUGCUCAUCCAACAGUCAUAGUAUCAACAAUUCAAGUCAAGUUGUCAUUGUCUGUCGAUGUUUCUGCAGUAUGUGCAAGUUUCCAGUCUUUCACGGCGUCUUUCUAUGGUGGGAACAACAACGAUAGCAGACGUGCUGGAACCGCUUCAGUGCAAUGCCUAUCCAUAAAGCUCAAACACAAGUGUGAAUCAGUCUAUCUUUUGCUGCCAGUUGAUAUUGCUGUAAAUACAGAUGUAACCGAUGUUGAACAAAGUGGUCUAUCAUCUAUGACUACAACCUUUAUGAAAGUCAACUUGAGUCCUGUCGCUGUAAAAUUGGAAACACUACAUUACCAGUAUCUUGAUGCAAUUAUGAAUAACACUGCUGUAGAUCAGUUGGUCUCUUUGUUGUCUCAGAAAUCUCACAAAAGUGAUCACCAUGAUGCCAGUUCAAUCGGUCAGCAGGAUGGAAUCAGGUGGGAGUCUGAAGACGACAUUCGGUCUGGAGCACUUGAAUAUGUUAUUCAGAUGGCUGAGGUAGACAGACGUCCAGAAGCCGGUCAAAUAGUGUUUUUGUCGGGUGUUGAAGGGAGGUAUCCAGCGAUGUCUUGGUGUUACGCCGAACCUCGUGCAUUGUCAGCUAUACAAGCACUUCCACUUCCCAUGUCCUCUGCUAGUGAAGUCUCACUGGAUUUACAGGAUGAGGAGCUACAUUGCUUGCUACGUUACUACGAUGUUGCUAAGCGAUCUUAUGUUGAUGUUCUCGAUUUCUAUGUAUCACAGACAGACAUAAUUGAUGUCGAGCUGCCAGAGAAUGUAGUUGCAGCCCAUGAGUGGCAAGUAGUUGUGUCCAAUUAUUCUAAUGGUGCUGCCAUUGAUGCCACUGUGGAGGAUGUCAGACACUUGUUUGUCUCUCCAAUGGCACUUGCAGGGUGUCUGAAGAUCAACUCAUACUUUUCGACUUCGCUUGUUCCUUCAGUGAACAUAAUUUUGGAUGUUGGUCGAGUUGAAAUCAAACUAAUGAAUUACAUCACCCAGCUAAAACCAUUGAAGACUGAAGAUGCUGUUUUUCAGUUUGACGAUGCAUUACCAUGGGAACACGAAGUUGCUUGUGUUCGACUGGAUGACAUGCAGCUCCAUGGUAAGUUUUGGCUGGGAAGUCUCAGGCAGAAUGCAGUCAUUCAGAUAGAUACAAGGAUGCAGAUUGACUACAUCGACUUUGGCUGUUUGCAAUGGCAGUCGUUUCUCAGUCCAUUUGAUGUUCACAUUCACUACGCUUGGAAACCUAUAAGCCCCUCAUCAGUCUCGUCGACUACACAAAGCAGCGUGGGCAGUAACUUGGCGGUCAGUGUGGAGUCAAUGGCAAUCAAUCUUGCACAGAGUUUGGUUCAUACAACAGGCAGGCUAUUAGUUGCUUGGCAGUGUUGUGGCUCAAGCAGUGUUGCUAUGAGCCAGUACUUUAUCUGUAAUAACACAACAGAAUUGUUGGAAUUUGGCGAGACAACGUCAGCUCAAUUGAUUGCAGUCAAAUCAGGAUAUUGUCGUGCAUAUUUUUGGAGCUCCGAAUCGUCUCGUCAUUUGAGAGUUCGAAUCGCAGGGAGUAAAGUCGGUCAUUGGUCUGAACUGUUUAUGGUUGAGAAGAAGUCUACGUUUGCUGUGGAGAUACCAGGGAACAACAACAGGUCGGUGAUGUUGACAGCUGCUGUCAGUCUUGAUGGUGCAAUACGCACUGUCGUGUUUACUGGAACACUGCAGUUUGUGAACAGCCUCAAAUGUGGCAUUGUACUUCGUAUUCAAUCAGAUAGGCAUAACUCUCAAGAACGAGAGAUCAAACUACAAGGGCAGACCAAGAGUCUUUCAGUGAUAGAAACUAAGACUGUGAAUGUGGCUGUUCGACAGGAUCUCGGAGAGUCUACAGAUGCAGAAUGGUCAACCCCAGUCCAGAUCCAACUGCCAGCAUCUUCUCUUGUCUCAGGCACUAUCACACUCCCUGUUCGUAUCAACACCAACCAAGUCGUUGGUCACUACAUAGCAUUCUCAAUCAUUCCACCAGUAAAUGAAAAGACAUCAGCAAAUCACACCCAUCAAUUUGUUCUCUUGCCAAUAUUCAGAAUACAAAAUUUCUUUCCCGAUCCGGUCAUUGUACAUCUCGCUGAGGCAAAGGCAAACAGUCGUCAUCAAAUGAAAUAUGUAGUACGUGGACGAAACCAGACGUUUGAUGUCCCCUUUGUUGAUGCUAAUCGAAGCUACGAUCUGUCACUACAGCUGAGUGCAGCAACACCUCCUUCUGUGGAGACGUUAUGCAUCAAUGUCUCUGUAGACAAGCACAAGUGUCAGCAGGUGUCUCAUUAUGAUAUCGACAGACUGAUGGGACUUUCAGAUGAAUGGCCUUUUCUCAGCUCUUUGACUACGCAAAAGAAGUUGAUGUACAUGACCACUCCUGCUGUUCCUUUGCCUACAUUUGUGGAGUACGGGAUUCCCAAUAAGCCACUACUGGCCUCUGUUGCUGCUAGAGUUUCUAAGUUGGCUGUGUGUCCAUGGACGACUGUCAUUUCUCUUGAACCUCCAGCCAUUAUUACAAACUGUACACAGCAUACGUUUGUAAUGCACCACUGUGGUUUCAACCAGGCUCAGAAAGUCGUUCCAGAUGAAACGAUUGCUUUGUUCUGCAAGAUCCCCUUUCGUUUGGGUCUUGUUGAGCAAGUGGAUGGAAAUGAAGUUUAUCAGUGGUCUGAAACAAUAGACACUCUGCUACCAUCACGACCAGUCGGUCGCAUUGUGAAACCGAUCGUGAUCCUCUCCGGGAGAAAGGUAUGUCAUCUCGUGAUGAAUGAAAGCUUUCAUGAGGACAUGCUUGUCUUGUCAGUGUCUGAUGCAGUGCAGAUAUGUAACAUGAGCAACAUACCCCUGACUGUCGCAGCAGUCAUUGGACAUCCAGAAGAUGUUCAGAGUGAUCUGAUUGCGGGUAAGUUCUUGUAUGAGACACAGCAGUUGGCUUCAGGAUCGUCAUCAUUUGAGUCUCUGCAAUUCAGUUUUAUGUGCAGUCCAGUGCUGAGUGAUGAAAACAAGGAAUCUCAAAUGACUCAAAUUCGUCGUUUGCCAUGUCUCAGCUUCUCAUCAUCUGUCAAUGGUUGUCUAUCAGAUGAGAAACAGUCAUGGAGUUUGCCGGUAUUUUUACGGCAUCCGGCUCUUCGUCGUGUGGCAGUAUCGGUAUUUUACAGGUCAGAUAAUCGGCUUGUUUCUCUAGCACUUUCAUUUCGGACAGAUGACAUGGGCCUCGUGUAUGUGACUGUGAGCAAUGACCUCCAUCCAAGGCUCAUAGUCAACAAUUAUUGUUCUAUGGCGAUAAAAGUUGCUGAAUCAUUGCCUCAGCGAUACAUAAAGGCCUUUCCGUCUGCAGCUGUAGUUGAAGAUAUUGUUGAUCAGCAGCUAGCUAAACUGCACAUCUCACCAGGAGCUUCUACCGUCUAUGAGUGUCCCACGUGGGCUACAGCUUACCUUCGAAAGGCAACUGUGGAGCACAACACUCACCUUCGAUUUCUGUUUGCGAGUGCAGACACAGGCAGUUUUGGUCAGAUCUGGAGCAAGGCAGUCAGCUUAGGAACAUCAGUUGAAACUGUUACUGUUUGUGACACACAGAAUAUUUCCAUACGUGUGGUAAAAACUGGAACUUGUUGGCAUGUGACAGUUUUAAACAAAGAAGAGCAGAAUUGUAGUCACCAUCAAUUACAACAGCUUGUGAGGGCUAAGACAGAGACAUCAACACCACUGCACAUUAGCACUUUAGUUGAAAGCAUCUGGGUGCGUGUAAUCGAUGAACUCUCUGAUGAAGGAGACAACAGUAGCCACAAACAAUGCGACGUUGUUGCAUUUUCUGUGGACUUACUUCGAGCCAGUUUUACAUCUGAUGUGACGAAACCUGGUUAUUCUGUUUAUAAGGCUGAAAUCAGUAUUCAGUCUUGUCAACUAGACAACUUGCUGAAGGAGCGGCAUUUUGAUUUCUCUGUUGUUUUAUAUCAGCAGAGACAGCAAAUAACUUCCGGUGAACACAACAAAGACAGUCCUUUAUUAACACUCUGCACCUGUUUGAAUGCGGUGAGUGGUGGUAUAUCCAUGCAGUCGGUUAAGUUCACUUUGCAACCGGUUGUAGUUCUCUUGGAGGACACAUUACUGUACAUACUAAUGGAAACGGCUCAGUCAUUGUACAAAGCAGCACUAACGUCUAUGUCAGUACAUCAUCUGCCGUCAUUGGAUAGUGUCGGACAGACGUCUCAAUCAAGGAUGUUGUUGCAGCCGUGUGAUGUUGUAUCUGUGCCACUAGUUGUGGACGAGCUUGAUGUUUCACCGUUGUCUGUGUUUCUUAGCUUGAGAGCAUCACUGCGCUUGUUCUUAUCAUCAGAUCAUACACCUCUCAGUUUUGAAAACCUGUUGAUGAAGUCGGUGUUCACGCAGUCGAGUGUCUUUCGAGAUGCUUUACUCAACCACUAUGGUGGUGGGAUGUUGAGUAAAGCUGGCUGGCUUAUCGGAUCGUUGGAGCUGCUUGGAAGCCCUGCCAGUCUUUUGUUGAAUACCGGAGCUGCUUUUCGAGAUCUUGUGUAUUUUCCAUAUGAAGGUCUCACAAGAGGUCCGCGAUCGUUUGUGACAGGCCUUGGACAUGGUGCAGCUUCAUGUGUGCGGCAUCUCUCGUCUGGUGCUUUGUCAUCAGUUACGGGUCUUGCAUCAAGUAUAUCUCGUAAUGUGGAACGUUUGUCUCUGGAUCAGAGGCACAUUCGCAUGCAGGAGGAGCAGAGGACACGGCCACCACAACAUCUUUCCACUGGUCUGAUGCAGGGUUUUGCAGCAUUGGGUCUAGGUGUUCUCGGAGCACUUGCUGGUCUUGUAGAUCAACCAUUGCAGAGCCUCGAGAACAUUGAUGUGUCAUCUCCGAGUCAGGCAGCAAAAGAUGUUGCAGUGGGUGUUGGUCGAGGGUUAGUUGGUGCCGUAGCAAAGCCAGUUGCAGGAGCUAUGGAACUGGUCUCACAAGCUGGCCAAGGACUGCUCAAUUCAGCAGGGUUGUCUGAAGCACCAAAGAAAAGAAAUGCACCUGUACUUGUCCCUGGUUUGUCUGCUCGUACCCAGAGAUACUUGCAAACUGAUGGUGAGACGUUGCUGUCUGUACAUUGCCUGUUUGAAGGCUCUCAUAAAGAGAGUGGCAAUUUUCAUUGUGCCGUACUCACCAGGAACACCCUGUGUCUUUACAAGGGCAUCAAUGAGUUGCCAAAAGUCUAUCCCUUGAUUGACAUAACUUUGAUCGAGGACACCUCGCACUCUCAAGUUGUUUGUGUUCUUCGACGUCAGGCAGUAGCUGAUGGGAGUUGGGAAACGGAGGAAACAUUACCGGUUACAACAAAAGUUGAACGGUUUCUCUAUUCAUCUUCUGAGCAAGACGAGUGUGACAAACAAACUUCUUUGAUUAGCCAAUCUCUUUGCAUGUUCACUGUACCCGACAAGGCAGAUAGACAUUUGCUGCUAACCUGUGUACAUGCUCUUCAAGACCAGUCUUGAAUUGUAAGACAUCGAAAAUAGAUAUUUGUUGUGUAUACCUACCAGAAAUACGUAAUAUAUAUUGGACAGCUGUGAUGUUUGCACACACGG